AUGCACCUAGUCUCCAUAUAUAGAAAAAAUGUUGACGUGAAAGCACUCAUUGGAGGAGGAAUCGGAAUCGGAGGAUUUUGUGCUUUUAGCUUUUGGAACCGGAAGUCUGCCGCAAAGAAGAAGGCGGAAGCUGAGAAGGCUCAGAAGGAGAGAGUUGUCCAGAAGAUCAAAGCAGAAGAGAAGGCAAACCAGCUUGACGAGAUCGUUGCCUUGCAGCGAAAACAGAGCAAGGAUGAGAAACGGAUGAAGAAACAAAUGAGAAGGGAAGGAAAAGCAGCGACACCACCGGCGAAGUAG